CGCCGCGGAAGGCACCCAGCCGGGGAAGCGCCUAGCUCUUCUUUUCGUGCACGGAGUAGAGCAAGCGAAGCGGUUGUCCCAGGCUUCGAGUGUGUCGGCGAUCUCUCUCUGGUCGUUGUGAGGUGCUGCUUCUAGCUGAGCCAUGGAGACGAUGCAAGAGCUGAUCCCCUUUGCGAAAGAGAUGCUGAGCCAGAAGCCCAACCGGAAGAUGGUCAAGCUGUACAUGAUGGGGAGCAUGCUGGCCUUCUUUGGGGUGGUCAUCGGCCUGGUGGAGACAGUUUGCAGCCCUUUCGCCUCUGGAGGGAGUCAAGAGGAACAGGAGGAAGAAGAGAAGAGACCAGUUUCCCCACAGACCAAAGAGGAGGUUGUUCCUCAGAAACAGGAGGGGGCAACGUUGGAAAAGAGCAAACAGGCCUUGGCACUGAGGAAUUCAGUGAACAGGCAGCAUGCUUCCUAAGAAAACUGUCUCACGUCAUCGCGAACACAGUGCCUUGCAAUGCACAGGUGUGGACUCUGGAAGGCCAGAGAGCUUCUUCUGUAUGUGGGCCAACACAAAAGGACUCUCUACAAAAAAGGACUUGUUCUAUCUUGCUGCUAUGCAGCAGUCAACUCCACAGCCCUUUGACUCUUAUGUACCUGUUCUAUUGGUAUGAAUAUGUGAAGCUUGUAGCCUCCUGUACCUACCUAUGUGUAGGAUUAUUUUUUAUUGCAGCUAUAUAUGUAUUUUACAGAUAUUUUUCAUUUUAAAUAAACUAUUUUAUACCUGA